AUGGCUUACGAUCCAGAGAAGGGCCUUGAUGAGGCUAACAUUAUCACUGUUGACGAAAACUCCUCGGGCAGAUCUGCCGACAAUGAGCUUGCCGCGCGAGAGACCGGCCCGCUCGCCAGGAUGAAAGCUUUUGAGGCUCGAAUGGACAAGAAACUAGGCAUUGAGUCUGAAGCUAUUACCCGCAAACGCCCCGAGGAUAAAAGAAAAGUCCAUUGGGUUGAAGAAUUGUCCAUGGCGUUGCUGUGGGCUAGUGGCACGAUGAACACAUCUUGUUUCGCGACGGGAUUCCUUGGAUGGGAGUUCGGGUUGACUCUCAAACAAUCAAUCUUACUCACUAUGUUCGCUUCCCUGAUUGCUGCCUCACUCACCGGGUAUUGCGCAACUUUUGGCGCCGCGACUGGUUUGCGCCAGAUUAGUGUCAGCCGAUACAGUUUCGGCUGGUGGCCAAAUAAGCUGGUCGCUCUUUUGAACGGUAUUCAGCAACUUGGAUGGGCAGCUGUUUCAUGUAUUACCGGAGGUCUGGCCUUGACUGCUGUUUCGGAUGGUCAUCUCUCUUUGAUUCUUGGAAUCGUCAUUUUGGCUGUCGUCGCAUUAAUCAUCUCUUUUGUGGGAUUGAACGCCAUUCUGAUUUAUGAGCGAUGGGCCUGGCUGGCUUUCUUCAUCAUCUUCAUGAUCAUCUUUGGAGAGACUGGAAAAUAUGCCGAUAACACAUCACCUCCUAAAUACAGCGGACUUUCUUUCUCUGGCGCGUGUCUGAAUCUGUUCGCGGUUGUUUAUGGAUCCAGCGCCUCCUGGUGCACAAUGGCCAGUGACUACUAUGUUCACUAUCCUACCAAUGUGAGUCGCGUCAAAGUAUUCUUGAUGACGACUUUUGGCGUAUGUAUCCCCACUUCCAUUGGCAUGGUAGCUGGCUGCGUCGUUGCUUCAGCUUUAAACAACAAACCCGAGUGGUCCGAUGCAUAUGAUCAAGGAGUAGGUUACCUGAUCCAGGAAAUGCUGUAUCCGCGGGGAUUCGCCAAGUUCCUGCUCACCCUUCUCGUUCUAUCCGGUAUCAACGUCAACGUCAUCAGCAUCUACAGUUCUGCCAUCUCUUUCCAACAAAUAGCACGGCCCUUCGCUCGUCUCCCCCGAUUUUUCUGGACGCUUUUCUGCUUUGUCUGCAUUCUUGCAUUGUCUAUCGGUGGGCGGCAAGAGCUCAACACGUAUCUUCAGGAUUUCCUGAGCUUGUUGGGAUACUGGUGCACGAGCUAUGCUGUUAUUCUUUUCGAGGAGCACUACAUCUUUCGCAAGGGCAACUUUGCCAACUACGAUUUGGAAGGGUGGAAUGAUCCAGCCCGACUGCCUUUGGGUAUUGGUGCGGGUAUCGCAUUCGGACUUGGAAUUGUGGCGUGGUGUAUGGGCAUGGAUGAGACUUGGUUCGUUGGACCUCUUGCUAACUUGAUUGGAGAUACUGGAGGGGAUAUUGCCAACCAGUUCACGUUCGUCGUGACGGCUCUGACCUAUCUACCGGCAAGAUACUUGGAAAUGAAGUAUUUUGGGCGGUAA